GAGCUGUCUCUGGGGAUUACUCGUCUCCAUGUCAGUAGUUGUGAUUUAGGUACAAAGUUCAAACUUUUUCUAUUCUAAAAACAAUCCCCUUCCCUUUUGAAUCGUCGGACUACGUGCGGUAGCAUAACAAUACCGAUGGGAACCGCCCUUUUAGGGGUUAGUAAACACAGUGGUCGUAGAUGACCACUCUGUCUUAUGUGUUUCCAAGGCCUACUUGUGUUAUCUGGGGGUUGUAAUCAGUCAUUCGACCUCCUGCGACCUUGCACCAACCUAAUUCGUUUCUCCCCCUCUUUCAACAGUUUUAUGGGGAAAAAAAAGUAAAAGCAAAUAGUAUGCGCCCUCUGUCCAGCUUGGUGUAGUAGCCAGUGUUGGUAUAUAGACGCAGUUACUUGCACUUUUCUCCAUAAAACAUUCGGAAUUGACGACGUGAAUUCCUCUGUGUUGCUCAAAAGUCAUAUAAUUUGUGAUAUAAUGGAUAUUUUCGGUAGUGCGUUGAUAAGUCCAACUGUUUCCUGGGCUGUCAAUCGUAACAUCUCAACAAAGAGUCUCAAACGAAAUCACGAACAAGACGACGAGGAUAAUGGUGAACCUGAUCAACAGGAACGAUUGGGUAAAUACCCGAAUUAUCGAACCGGUGUUUUAGCGGAAAACCUGUUUAGGAAAAGUUCUUCGUUCCGAGGUAAAUUUAAAGAAUUAUUUCGCCGGGCCGGUGGUUCUUCAGAAGAGUCUCAGUCGCUGCUCAUUACUAGCAGAUCGAAAAACACACCAGUCAUCCCACGUGAUAAAAUCAAGAUUGCCGGAAAGCGAUUACGGAAAGCUCUUCACCAGUCAAUCAAAUAUAUGGCCAUUGGGAUGGAGAACAUGGGCACGAUGGUUUACAUUUCAACUAAUGUACCCAGUUCCGUGUACUAUUGUCGCAAUAAUACCAGUUAUGACCAAACUAUGCCUUACUAUUAAAGGCAAACCAAAGCAUUAUUUCAGGCUUGGAAGCUAACACCACCUAUCCUCAAGUAGACGAACUGGUUUACACGUUUUUUCCCCGAAUGUUAGAAGUCUUUUUUUACUUUUGACGAAAAAUGAUAAACAACUCAUCCGAUCUUGUAAUAUCAAUAG